GAGAAGCUCAGCAGACAACUUCAAAAAUCAUUUCUAUCUACUGUAUUGUCCUUAUUCUGUUUAGUUAAGCGCUGCUUUACGUAAACUUUACAAGAUAACAUAGCCAGAGACAAGUUCUAAGACAGCACAACUGUCACAGUCCUGGUCUAUCUAUUCAGACUGUUUUCCUGUUUUAUUUUGAAAGCGUCUGUCAGGUGUUUGUCACGUGUGCAUCAUGUACUGUACAUGUUUUUGCUUCUGCCUGGACUGGAUGGUUGGAUUUUCUUUUACAUGUGGACUUUAGGGUUUUUUUUGGUUCUGCCUUACUGGAUCUGGUUUUUGGAUUUCUGAGACUCUGUCUUAUUUUGGGUUUGACAAGACUAUAAAAGAGUCAAAGGCUGCAGCUGCAGGCAGAAGAGACAGACACACGGGGAGACAGAGGACCAGUGGACUUAACGCUACCUCCAGUGACCCACAGUGCUGUUAAACUAAGUCAUACCAAGGAGAAGAAUGGGACUGCACAGUGUUGAGGAACUGGUCUCCGGUAAGAGGUCAGAUGGCAGAGAGGCGGACGACUUCCAAGGUGGCGUGUAUGAGGCGGCUGUCAAUCAAGAGAAGCAGGAUGACCGCAGGUCCCACAGGGAGCUGGCGGGCGGAGGUCUGUCAGAGGAGAGCGACAGUGGCAGCGAACAGGAGGAAGUCAGCGUGGCGGCUCUCAAUACGGAUAAAAGCGGCAGGCUGAAGUUGGAGACGGUGGACGACCUGUUCAACAUCCUGCAGCUAAAGAAGAGGAGAAGAGAGAGGAAGACUCCCAUCCACAAGAAACAACAGCCCGAGCCUGAGACUGUGCCAGAGACUGUGGAUGAGCAGCUGUUUCUGACAGCUGCCAUGGAGAACAAAGGGCCUGUGGUGGAGAAGUACCUGAGUGAUGGAGGAAACCCCGAUGCAGCUGACCACUUCCAGAGAACAGCUCUGCACAAAGCCGCAUUCAAAGGACACGUGGAAGUCAUGAAAAGACUCCUGGAGGCCGGAGCUGCCAUCGACAAAAAAGACAAACUGGAGGCCACUGCGGUCCACUGGGCCUGCAGAGGAGGCAACCUGCCAGCCCUGCAGCUCCUCCUCGACCAGGGAGCCAAGUUCACCUACAGAGACAAGUUGCACAGCACUCCUCUCCAUGUCGCUGUGAGGACGGGACACUGUGAGUGUGCAGAGCAUCUCAUUCACUGUGGAGCAGACGUCAACGCCAAAGACAGAGAUGGAGACACACCCAUGCACGAUGCUGUGAGGAUAAACAGAUUCAAGAUGAUCAAGCUGUUGAUGAUGUACGGGGCCAGUCUCAACACUAAGAACUGUGAUGGAAAAACUCCAAUGGAGACGCUGUAUUCGUGGCAGAACGGAGCCAAGAGCCUCCUGUGCAACUUCAGCCAUGAGAAGUCCAACCAGUAGAACCCACCACAUUCCAGUAAAAGCAGGAAUUCAACACGACCUGUUGGCUCGUCAGGAAAAAAAGUGGUAGAAAAGGAAAGAUUUUGUAUUUUUCUAGCCCAUUCUAGUCACUUCCAAACUGCGGUUCAUGAAGCACAUAAGUCUGUUUUGUGACUGUUUAUCCAGGGAGGCUUUGUUGACCCCUCAGGAAGUAACUGUUAUUAAAUCUAAAGUUGGCUCAGCUGGAGUGUUUGGAUGCUGGAAGACAUCUUAACUAAGAGAGCGUUAAUCAUUACCUUACCUUACUCCUCCUGGUUCAGGGAUUUGAACUGGCAACCUUCCAGACUUUUACCGGUAGGCUAUUGGCAGGGUUACAUUUUCUCACGUACAUCUUGUGUGUGCGGGAGAAGGCAGCAGGGAUUUGAAGGAGCCUUUGAUCAACAAUGUGAAAUCUAAUCAGGAUGUUGUUAAUAAUGUGAUCUUUAGGACUGAGAGAUUCAUUGAUCGCCAAGUAUUGCUGGACAAUGUCUCGGGCAACAGCGUGAUGUUUUUUUACUUUAAGCUGAGUUGAAGUCAGUGAUACUGCAUCGAGAAGAUGGCGUAUUUAUUGAUUAAUGGAAACUAUCAGCAAUCAGUUUAUUGGGUUUGAUUGAUUUUAUUUCGAUACCAUACACGUAAUAACUGAGAGUUAUAUUGUGGUUGGUUUAAUGAUGUUUUUAUGGUAA